UUCCUCAUUCCAGUUUCCGCAAACAAUAACUAAAACACACACUCCCUUAAUCAUCUUUUAUACUACCAAAAUUUAUCUGAUUUAUCAUCUCAAUCGUUUCUUGUUUUCUUGAAACGAACAGCAGAAGAAAAGAAGUCCCUUUGAUGCUAAAUUCUGACCACUGAUCAGUUCUUUUAAUUUUUCUUUCAAAGUUAAAACGAGAAAGAAUUGAAUUUUCUUGAAGAAGAUGGUACCUCAUGAAAUUCUCUUUUGGUUUUUUGAUUGACAGGAGCAUAAAGGCAUCAACUUUUUCUUUUUUAGGAUUUUUGUGGUUUGAAUUCUAUAUACUGAUUACAUAGUGGAAUGAUAGGGACAAAGGGCCUGGACUUGUGUUUUGAGAAGAUGAUGGUUUUUGGUGGUGUUGAGAAUAUGAUGAAUGGUAGUAAUAAUAACAAUCUUGGUAGUGAAAUUGGGGGUGGUUUAGGUGGAGGGUUGAGGAUAAUUGAGUGGAAAGAUAUUCCAGUGGAGCUGUUGCUGAGGAUUCUGUCUCUUGUGGAUGAUCGGUGGGUGAUUGUGGCAUCUGGGGUGUGUCAUGGCUGGAGGGAUGCCAUUUCUUGGGGCCUCACUCAUCUCUCCCUCUCCUGGUGCAAGAAACGCAUGAACGAUUUGGUUCUGUCACUGGCUCCCAAAUUCACGAAACUGGAGGUUCUAAUUCUGCGACAAGGCACACCGCAACUUCAGGAUGAUGCUGUUGAAAAAAUUGCAAAUCACUGUCAUGACCUGCAAGAGUUGGAUCUCAGCAAGAGUUUCAGACUUACUGACCGCUCCUUGUAUGCCUUAGCACAUGGUUGUCCAAAUCUUGUUAGGCUGAAUAUCAGUGGCUGUUCAGCCUUCAGCGAUACUGCUCUCGCUUUCUUAACUGGCUUUUGCAGAAAAUUGAAAUUCUUGAAUCUUUGUGGAUGUGUUAGGGCUGCAUCGGAUAGGGCGCUAAAGGCGAUUGGAUACAACUGUAACGAAUUGCAGUCUUUGAACCUGGGAUGGUGUGACCGGGUCGGUGAUGAAGGGGUGAAAAGCUUAGCCUAUGGUUGCCCUGAUCUCAGAGCUCUUGAUUUGUGUGGAUGUGUUCUUAUAACCGAUGACAGUGUAAUUGCACUGGCAAACAACUGCCUUCACCUGAGGUCCCUGGACCUAUACUACUGCCAGAACAUUACAGAUCAAGCCAUGUAUUCUCUGGCACAAAGCCGAGUGAAGAACAAGCCUGGGACAUGGGCGUCAGUUUCCAACCGGCAUGAGGAGGAAGGGCUUACGAAUCUCAACAUCAGCCAGUGCACUGCCCUGACUCCACCAGCGGUACAGGCGGUAUGUGACUCGUUUCCUGCUCUUCAUACGUGUCCUGGUCGACAUUCCUUGAUAAUCAGUGGUUGUCUCAGCUUAACAUCUGUGCAUUGUGCUUGUGCUGUCCAAGCACACCAUGCACCGACUGUGAUCCCUCACUUAGCUCACUAAGACUGAGUUGCUUCCUGAAAUAAGUAGGGGUUCUGUUUGAAGCUUGUUUUGAGCAAAUUAAGACAUUUGGUUGAUGUUAUGGAGGUUUAACUACACGGAAAAAACUGUUCAUUUUCUUUGAAAUGCUCUCCUUGUGCUGACUUUUCAGUGGUACCUUGUAAAUUAGUUUGUAUCUGGUGCUUUAUUAUGAAUUGUUAUUAGGACUGCAAA